AACUUGCACAAUUGGUGGCUGACUAAAUACUUUUUUGCCCCACUGUAUGGAUGGUGCUUAACUAUUGUAUUUUGCCUCUGGAUAUUCAUCAAAGAAAAACAGCACUGAGAAACCAUAAUUGAUGAGGGCAUUCAGUUUCUUUGCCAUUUGUAUUUUUAGCCUGCUAGCUAGGAUAUUUUUGUACAACGGUCACGUGCUCUUUCAAAAAAGGGUCAAACAGACGCUCAAUAAUAGCCCAGUUGACAAGUUAAAAAAUAUGGAGGGUGGCACAGGGUCAAAUGGGAGUGACUAAAAUCAAGUAGAGAUGGCAGCAGUGGCAUCGAGCAACCAAGAAGUCCAGGUGACCGGCAGACCCAGAAACAGCUAUGGGUUGUCAUGGGAAGUGGCAAUGGGUUAGAGCAGAUGUUCAGUACUGCACAAUUGUUGGAAUGAAGGUUAAAAUGACACAGUUCCCCAAGGCAUAAGUAACUAUAAUUCAGUGCAUGAACAGCUAUUGCAGCUGUAUAAUUAGGGUUCCAGGCAUGUUGACCAGACAGAGGAAGUUGUACCUCUUGUACUCAAAUCCACAGAAUAAACGUAGUAAAAAGAAAGGAAAAUGCAUCAAAUGUCCAGUGGAGUUUAAUCACAUGAUUGUGUGUGUGUCAUCAUUUUGAUGAAGUCUUGAUUUGUGGCAGACAAAUAUGCCAUGAGGAUGUGCUUUAAAAAAACAAUAAUGAAGAAAUCUUUCUACCAUGGUUAAGAGUCAAAUGAGGAACAUCCUAGAGAAGGCUUUUUAAAAAAAAUAUUUGUUUUUAAAAUAACAGGAAAAAAAAUCCCAAAAGCAACAAGAAACAUAAGUACAUGUUUUAAAGAAAAAAAAUCCAUAACAAGUGCUUAAAACUUAGUGAAAAUUUAUUCACCUAUUUUCGAGCCUUAGAGAAUGCUUAAGACAGUAACUCAUUGUCCAGAAUGCAAUUUAUUCUUUGCCAAUAUAUCUGCUUCAUUUAAUAUCAAUCUGGGCCACAAGCAAAUACUUAAGGCAAGCAAAAAACUUUCCAUUAACCCCUAAGCCUUGUCCAUUUGUAUUUACGGUUCAUUGAUACUGGCUGAGGAAUUCUGGACAUUGAAGUCCCCUCAAUUUUAAAAGUUUCUAGGGUUGUGAAGCCCUGGCGUAGAUCAGUUGCCGAGUUGUGUUGCAAGUUCUUAACAUUUUAAAAAUACGGCUGUUCUAUUCUACAAGCACUUAUCUGAGAACAAUACUACUGCAUGUCUAUAUAGCGAAGACCAGGAAGUUCAGUGAAAUCUAGCUGCAACUAAAUUUAUCUAAGGCCGAAAGAAAUAAGGCGACGCACAUUUGUUCAUUCUGACUAAAUUAUCAACCCGAGAAACGCGAUAGGAGGAGUCACUCCAACGCGGAAGAACGAAGACCAGGCUCGUCGCAAAAAGAGGGCGGCGAACACUCGAUCGACAGCUCCACCAGUGCGACCUGCCUUGCUCCAAAAAGUGCCAAGACGCGAAUUAAUUUAGCGUGGGAGUCGCGGUGCCAACAGGCGUGACGUCGUUUACGAGCAAAAUGUUACGGGGCUGCUUGAGUCACUGCUGGCGAAGGACUUCCAUUGUGAGCUUCGGUGGUUGGCGGAACCGGCGGGCGCGCUUUUCCGCCUCUGCUCGUGUCAUGGAGCCUCGCCUCAGCUUUUCUCCCGCCGACCACAGCCUCUUCGAUCAGCCGCUGGCCAUCUCGGUGGAAGGGCUCGGGCCCGAGCAGGAGAUCGGGCUCCGUGCGUCGCUGGAAGAUGAGAAAGGGGAGCGCUUCGAGUCGCACGCCUUCUACCGAGCAGACGGCGAAGGGAGGCUGGAUCUGCAGCGCUCGCCGGCGCUUGAAGGCGGGACCUUCUCGGGUUUGGAGCCGAUGGGGCUGCUGUGGUCGCUGCAGCCGCUAAAACCCCUCAGGCGCCUGGUGAAGCGCGACGUCGAGCGCCCCUUUCUCCUGGAGCUGGAGGUGUUAGAAAGGCUGGGAGCGACUUUGCCUGGUCGCGUCCUGGCCAAGGGCUCCCACGAGCGGAGAUUCCUGGCCGACGGGGUGAAGAGACUCCCGGUGCGGGAAGGGAGCAUCCGGGCCACUCUUUUCCAGCCUCCCGGUAAAGGCCCUUUUCCAGGUAUCAUUCAGAUACCUGGAACUGGAGGAGGGAUUCCAGAAAGUUCAGCAUGUCUGUUGGCCAAUCAUGGCUUUGCCGUGUUAGCUUUGGCCUAUUAUGGAUAUGAAGAUCUUCCUAAGGACAUGACGGAAUUGCAUCUGGAGUACUUUGAAGAAGCUGUCAAUUAUAUGCUAAAACAUCCAGUGGUUAAAGGUCCAGGAAUUGGCGUGUUGGGACACUCCAAAGGGGGUGACAUCUGUAUCUCCAUGGCCUCAUUUUUAAAAGGCAUCACAGCAAUAGUCACCGUUAACGGUUCUAUAGCCAAUGUAGCUGUAGCAGUACGCUACAAGGACAUCACCAUUCCACCUCUCGGCAUUAAUAUAAAUCGAGUCAAAAUUGAUCAGAAUGGAUUCUAUGACAUUAUUGAUGUUCUGAACAACCCGCUUGAGGGCACUGACCGCCAAAGCUUAAUUCCAUUGGAGAAAGCUGAGGGACGCUUUCUUUUUAUUGUGGGCAUGGAUGAUCAUAAUUGGAAGAGUGAAUUUUUUGCCAAUGAAGCUGCCAAACAUUUACAAGCUCAUGGAAAAGACAAACCUGGAAUAAUUUGCUAUCCUGAAGCAGGUCAUUACAUUGAACCUCCUUAUACACCACUCUGCCCUGCUUCAAUCCACUUUUUGGUGGGCAAAACAGUGGUCUGGGGUGGGCAACCCAGAGCACAUGCAGCAGCGCAGGUGGAUGCUUGGAAGCAGAUUCAAAACUUCUUUCAUCAAAUCCUCAAUGGCAGCAAAAACAAAUUGUGACUGAAUUAGUUAUGACCUGGGUUUCAGCAUGUAUGUUUGCUAAGCUAAAUACUGGGGAUGUGAGAAUAAUGCUGGGAAUGGAUAUGAAAUGGCGAGAAGAAAACUCAUAGGUGAUAAAUCCCAUUUGAACACUCUUUAUCUAGUUUUCAAAUAUUUUUGCAUUCUAUAUUAAAAUGCUGAAGAUUAAGAUCUGCAUCCAGGCAAGAGCACCAGAUGGUGGCCCUACAGUGUGAUCUUAAUUUAUUAGUUUAUUUAAAUCUAUAGGUUCAAAGUCCCAGCCACCUUCUCAUUCCAAAUGACAACUAAGUUCUUAAGCAAAUUGCACCAGACCUUCAGGAAUAACCGGGAAUAAACUCCCUUUGGAGUCCAACUGGGCUUGAAUGAGGAACAGCAUCAAGCACUGAGCCCUCAUUCUCUGAGAGUGACCUGCCCUUGGACUCUCUGCCUGCCUGCACUUGUCAAUGCGUUACAGGUAGUCCUCAAUUUAUAACCACAAUUAAGACCAAAAUUCCU